AUGACAGACGUAACGAAAAAGGUUCAAGACUACAAGGACUCUCUCAAGCAAAAAGCUGAGCACCUUAUCAUAAAGGGUUUUCCAGAGAAGAUAGUAAAGUUAAAUGAGCUGUUAGAAACGUCAAACUUUCAAAACCGUGAUUUAGCAGAUGUUCAUCAGGAUCUAAACAUUCCAGUACCACCACCAGUGACUUCUUUGAAUGAACCAAAUGCAAAACGACAGCGACUGGAUUCAUCUGAAACAUCUAGUACUACAACUAUAGAUGGUACCAGAGUUUAUGCAUUGCCUAAUGGAACAGUACCAUGUAAUAAACCACUCAGUGACCUUAUUCAUCUUGUUAAACCUCAUAUAAGAGAGCUGGUUGAAGAUUCUAAUUUGCUGAAAAUGUGGAUUUCAUUCAUGAUACCUAAAAUUGAAGAUGGAAAUAAUUUUGGUGUAUCAAUACAAGAGGACACACUAGCUGAGAUUCAAUCUGUGGAGUCUGAGGCAGCUGCUUUUUUUGACCAAAUCUCACGGUACUUUAUUUCCAGAGCAAAAAUAGUGUCAAAAGUUGCUAAAUACCCACAUAUUGAUGACUAUAGAAGAGCUGUCAGAGAACUUGAUGAGAAAGAGUAUUUGUCACUAUGGCUCGUCAUGUGCGAGAUUCGCAAUCGUUAUUGUUCCUUGCAUGAUAUUGUCAUCAAGAACUUGGAGAAAAUCAAGAAACCACGCUCUUCUAAUGCCGAUUCAUUAUAUUAG